AUGUCAGUCUCGGGGGCAAAUACCUCAUACUUGAAAGGCCCGGUGGUAUUGCGUGGUAUUGAUGAUGAUCCCUUCUGGAAUAAAGAGAUAGACAAUAUCCCCCAUGUGUUUCUUUUCGCUAUUCCAUAUGCCCUCUCAUUGAUCUCUCAAUAUCCUAACAUGGCCGACAAGACAGGGCUGGGUGCUCUCAAAGGCGCCCCGCUAGUUGGAGCUAUCACUUCUGUGUGUGCUUCCUCGUUUCUGCUUUUUGGAUAUGAUCAAGGUGUCAUGUCUGGGGUGGUCAUCUCUGAAGAUUGGCUUGAUGCGAUGGGACAGCCCAGUACCGUGAUGACCGGUACAAUCACUGCUCUAUAUGAUAUUGGCGGGGUUCUUGGUGCAAUUGGCGCUGCAUUGUGGGUUGAAGAUCUUGGUCGAAAAAGAGGUUUAUUGGUUGGAGCAGCUUUGAUCGUUAUCGGUGCUAUAUUGAUGGGUAGUUGUGCUGAGAGAAUUCAGUUCAUCGUGGGAAGGAUUGUCACAGGCUUAGGAGCGGUGCAAUGGCGGUUUCCUAUAUUAUUCCAGGCUGUCUUCGCGAUUUAUAUCCUCGUCGUGGCACCGUUCUUACCCGAUACACCACGCUGGCUCAUGUUGCAUGAGUCCACACCGGAGAGAGGAACGAUUGUUUUGUCAAAAUUGCGCAACAAGCCAAUCGAAGAUACCGCUGUGCAGAAAGAGAAGAAUGAGAUUGGGGCAGCAAUCAGUAUCGAAGCCGAAGAGGAAGGGUCCUGGAAAUCACUCUUAUCGGAUGGGGGCUGCGCUGCAAACAAGCGGCUUUUCCUGGCACUGGGCAUUCAAUUUAUGCAGCAGACUUCUGGUAUCAAUAUUGUAACUUACUACGCACCCACCUUGUUAAAGAGCUCAUUGGGCAUGACACAGGAGCGAGCUCUUUUUGUCAGCUGUUUUUUGCAAGUCUGGUAUAUUGUAGCAUCGUUGCUUACGUGGUAUAUGAUCGAUGCCGUUGGGAGAAGACGAUUAUAUAUCAGCAUGUCUAUUGGAAUGGGCGUUGUGUUGGCUUGCGAGGCUAUCACUGUUGCCAUUGACAACCAGCAGUCUGCUAUUGCAGCAGUUUUCUUUAUCUUUGCCUUUGAGGCUUGCUUUACAUGGGGUUGGAUGGCCACGGUAUGGGUAUACCCAGCGGAAAUUCUUCCUCUAAGAAUUCGGUCAAAAGGAGCUGCUCUUGCAGCCGCAGCCGAUUUUCUGGGAAAUUUUCUCGUUGUGGAAAUCACACCUCCAGCCCUCGAAAAUAUCGGCUACAAAACCUACAUUAUUUUUGCUGUCUUGAAUAUCGUGGCGGCAUUUCUUGUAUAUUGUUUCUACCCCGAAACGUCGUACCUGAACUUGGAAUCUGUUGAUUUGCUAUUCCUGCCCGACGAGGACCGAGACCAGCAGAUUAUGUCAAAGCAGACCUUCUACCAAAAAGCUUUACAAUGGAAUGUUGUGCCAAGGGCAAGAAUGGCAGUCAAUGAAGCCAAAGCAAGGCAAAAGGCCGGGUCGGAGAUAGCUCCAAGUGAUGAGCAUAGUGAUGUUGUGGCCGGUUUGAAGAAGGGUUUGGGCGCUUACCAUGUUGAGUUCAAGGAAUGA